UGACGUUUUUCCGGUGUUUACCGGAUGUUGCUCAGGAAUAUUGAGUGCAAAAUCAGACCCCUCAAAAAGUGCUUCUGGAUGCAGGUGGAGACGCUCGUGGGAAAAUAGUGGUUGUCUACAUUUUCCUGAUAUUCUCUCUUAAUAGCAAGUGAAGCCCUGGCCUAGGUGUUGUCACUGUGCCUUACCAAUUCUUGGACCAUGAUGGAGCGAAGAGCCUUAACCAUUCCAUUUACUGUUGACAAGGAUAACUUGAUGGAAAACCCACUCAAAAUCCCCAUGACAUGUCUUUCAUCCAGAGUGUGGGAAGUUAGAAAGACAGGUGUCCUGGACUGCAUUUGCAGGUUGCAGACCCAAACAUUGCAGCGAUUCACAGCAUAAAAAUGGAUCUAUGCUAUUUGAUCACAACCAUGCAGCCAUGGUCGCUUUGGGAAUGGCCAAGAGGAAACCCUGUCUGGUCCUGACAGAUGUCCUAAAGACGGAGCAGGGUAAGACUUAUAUGGAGAGGAUAAAACAGAGUCAUACCUUGGGAAAUGGAAGACAAAUGUCAAGUACACGGAGUAGAGAGGAUCCAUUGAUCUGCAGAGACACGAGGUCCAGCCAGAGAGAGGCCAAAAAUGAUAAGAGCAAUACUGUAACCCCUAAAUCCACGUUCUCUCAAAGGUCAAGACUCAGGAGAGGAUUACAAAAUACUGAUAAUGAUGAAGAGGACAAAGAAGAAAACAAAGAUAUCAAGGAGGUGAUAAUAGGAAAGGACAAUGGUGCGGACUACAAAUUUGCUGAAGUUGUAGAUUGUGGGUUGUCAGUGAGCUGGGAGCCUGCUGAGGAUACAGAAAAUUGUGAUGAUCUCUCCCCAGCGAACAUCAAGGGCAGGUGGACUGAUCCAGAAAAAGAAGUACAACACAGUUUGAAGAGGAAAAGAAAGGAUUCAGGGUCUCAGUGCAAUGGAACAGGCAGCCCCAAACGGCACCGUGAGAGUGUGCUUCGCCUCACUGGAGAAGAAGGAAGAGAUGGAGAACCGGACCCUGCUCGCAUUUUUCUUGAAGAAAGUGGAGAAGAUGAGAUUUGGAGAGCCUGGACCGUAGCAUUGUACAAUUCACUGUGGGAGGAGGUGAUAGAACAGAAGUUCUGGUCCCAGUCAUCAAUCCUAAUUUGGAGGGCGGAGACUUAAUCGACACCCCCCGGCGAAGCCAAUCAUCUAGCCAGGACAGUGCAACCAAGACUAGCAGCCCCUUGGAACCAAUUGUGCUGUCCAGUGAUGAUGAGGGGAGCGGCGAUGCCCCUCAACUUUGCAGCCCGGUGGUUCAUACACUCGGUCGCUGUAGACGCAGUAAUACAGGGACAAUCCACAGAGGAGACUGUGAGACAGCAGGAAGCUUCUAACGUACAGGACUUACAGGCAGUGCAUGUAGUUGUGCCACUCCUUCCCACCCCCAGUGUAAAGUACCCCUGUAUGGGCUUGGCCUUCUCCACCCUGCACUGUGGAGGCUACCGGGGAAAGGCAAAUGGAGACAUCCUGCUGACAGACCAUAAAAUCAUCAUCCCUCUUAAAGACACUAGUGAACAGGUGGAGAUGAUGUUAACCUUUGAGCGCAAAGACCUGAGGAGGUACAGUGUUUGGGAGCAGCAGGAAAUGAACAACCUGAAGCUUCACUUUCACGGUGAUGAGGACCCUUCCCCUGUUGCUGUCCUCCUGUUUUGUGUGUCAGAAACAGCUGCAGCUGCUAUACAGCGGGACCUCUGCAAACUGGGCAUCAAACAGGAUAGAGCCAUGGAUGCUGGCACGGCCAGCCCCUUCAUCCUGCUGACUCUGAGAGAUCCUCUACAGGGAAUGGAGGGAGCUUUAUUGCGCUCCCUCCUGGACAUUGACUGUCUCAACAGUUUGACACAUAAACAAUCUAUUGUAACCGAUGGUGCAGACAAAUUUCUUUGUUGGAAAGACAUCCAAGCUCCGGUUCUUUCUCUGGAUGAUAGCAUAGAGUUGAUUAAAAGAACUGGACUGGACUCACACCUGCUGUCUCUGCUGGGCUUGAAAAGCACCCACCCCACACAUGACACAGACCAGGGCGGUUCACACUCUGACAGAGAUGAAAAUGACACACCACACAACCAGUUGGAGGUUGAGCUGCAUAAAGAGACAGUUCUGGAGCUGGAGACGGCGCCAGAGGAAGACGCAGGGACUCAACUUGAACCAGAAGAGGAUCGGAAAGAACAAGAGCUCGAACAUCUGUCUGAGAAGAGAAAGGAGGAACCCGCCCCUGUAUACACACUGUGCCAUCGUAGAACCAAAGAAUCAUACUCUGUGUCCCUGUGUAAACCAGACUCCAGCUGGACUAGAUAUAAACAUCAGGGUCUGGCCCGCAGGUUGAUCCAGUUUCCUCCUCCUCCACAAAAAGGAGGAAUAACUGUCACAAUGGAGGAUCUACAGUGCCUUGACAGUGGGCACUUUCUAAAUGAUGUUAUCAUUGAUUUUUACCUCAAAUACCUCCUUGAGAAUGCAUCUAAUGCUGUGGCCGAGCGCACCCACGUUUUCAGCAGCUUCUUCUACAAGCAGCUGACACGGAGGGACAACGCCAGUGAAGGCAGCACUAGUGACUCCUGUCAGAGGCAGAGGCGGCACCAACGGGUGAAGACAUGGACGCGCCAUGUGGACAUCUUCAAAAAGGACUUCCUGUUUGUGCCUGUCAAUCAGGAGGCUCAUUGGUAUUUAGUUGUUAUUUGCUUUCCUGGGCUGGAUGAGCCAAAAUUUGAGGCCUGGAAUGGUGGGACAGAUGAGUCACAGGAUCAAGAUGAGGCUCAAAGAUGUAAAAGUCCAAAUGAUAGCACAGAGACAUCACCGACAUUAAACCACAGUGACAACAUGGACACAGGGACAGGAAUCGCUCAAGAAGAUUCGACCAAACACUCAUCACCUGGUCCAGUGAGCUGCACAGAACAGACCUUCAAGAAAAAGACUGUUUGCAAGAGGCCGUGCAUUCUCAUCAUGGAUUCCCUCAAACUUUCUCUUCACGAGCGAAUCUUCAAACUCUUACGGGAGUACUUGCAGUCAGAAUGGGAGGUCCGUCGUGGCUCGUCAAGGGAGUUUGGUCCUGAUCAGAUGAAAAGUUCACACUGCCAAGUUCCCCUUCAGGACAACAGCAGCGACUGUGGCCUUUACCUGCUGCAAUAUGUGGAAAGUUUUCUGAAGGACCCCGUGGUACACUUUGACCUCCCACUACACCUAGAACGAUGGUUUUCACGUCAGCAGGUGCGGCGGAAACGAGACGAAAUCAGAGAUCUGGUACUUAACCUUUACCGACAGCAGAAUCUGGACAGUAACAGAUAGACACAGAGGUAGCUCGACUGCUCAGCGCAUUACAUUCCUGUAGCCAUUAUAAAUCACUGCUCAUACUGAGUGACGGACAUUUCAGCAUGAACUGAAAUUAUUUCCUUUAAAUGAGAUUUGUUUGUUUUAUGCACUAACUUGGACUAAACCUUUGACUGUCUAUCUGUGGGUGAAUAUGAAGGCAUCAGUUAUUCAAUAUAAACAGCUAGUUGUCCAUGUAAAGUCCAUUACAUAUAGAGGUGCAAAUGUUUGUACACCCCAAGUCUUUUUAUUUAUGUUUUUAUGCUGUGAUAUUUUAUAAAGCAAAUUAUUUGUAUUUGGUUUUUUUUUACAAUUGUUACAAGUGUAAGAAUUGUAAAACCUAGAUAUAUAGCAAAAUUGUAAACUGUUUUAGUUGAGUUUACUUGCUUUGCUGACAUUUGUUAAAUGUCUCUGGUCAAAAUAGUUCUGAUUCUGCCCUCUGUUGCCUCAGUGCACCUUUACUCGAUGAGAUUUACAUUAGAUGAUAAUUCCUAAAACAGAGACACAGUGUGAAAUACUUUGAGUUUCCUCGCUGAAUUUCAUUCGAAAAUUUAUCCCACUGAAGCCUCAGGAACUGGAAUCUGUCCCAGCGUGAACCAGCUGGCCCGUCAUUUUCUCCUUGUUGGAUACAUGAAUCAAGACAGUAACUCCUUCGGUCACUCAGUGCCUCACUUACUUAUCCUGUCAGCUUCCACAUGCCAGACAGGAGAUCUGGAGGUGUCUACAAAUGAACGAAGAUCAACGAAAUCAAUGAACUAAGAUCAUUCACUCACCUUCUUUUUACAACAAAACUGUGUAUGCUACUGUGUAUUAUGGCAAAUAAUUUGAAUCCUUAAUAAAUUCUUUUAAUAAGAUUAAAAUUUGCAAAAAAGUUAAGGGGUGUACAUACAUUAGCAUGUAACAGUACGCUGGUAAAGGAAAACCUACUUUAUUAAAACCCUAAAGAUAUUGCAGUCCAUCAUUACUGUUGCCUAAAUUCUAAAAAGACAUAAGUAUUGAUAGUCUUGCAGUUUUUUUCCCUUUACAAUGCCCUGGAUGCCAUGUUUUUUUAGACAUUUUGAUGGAUGAAUGUAAAGAGCUGAUUCCAAAGUAUCUUUGGUUUCAAUGGUGUAUUAAAACCUCUAGUUGAAAUUA